AUGGACCCAAUUAUCUAUGGUGAUUAUCCAUUCAGCAUGAGAAGUAUUGUCACACCUAAAAUAAAUUUAAAAAACCGAUUAAAUUUACUACUGAUUAAAACAUCUGUUCAUGACAUUAAUCUUCGUUCUCUCUUUUUUCCAGCCAGUCGCAAUGGCAUCCUAAUCGGUCCACAGGAAGCUUCAAGUGAGCUUCAUGUCUAUCCUAGGGGUUUACGAGAUCUGCUCUUAUACGUGAAAGAAAAAUACAACAAUCCUCUUGUUUACAUAACUGAAAAUGGGAUUGAUGAAUUCAAUAAUGCAAGCUUACCGCUAGAGCAGGCAUUGAAGGAUCCCAUGAGGAUAGAUUAUUACCACCGCCAUCUUUUGUUCCUUGAAAGAGCCAUUAAGGAAGGUGUAAAUGUGAAAGGAUACUUUGCAUGGUCACUGUUAGACGGCUUUGAAUGGUCCUCUGGUUAUACUGUGAGGUUCGACAUCAACUUCGUCGACUAUAAAAAUGGCAACAAAAGAUACCCUAAACAGUCGGCUAUUUGGUUCAAGAAUUUCCUGCAGAAAUUGGAGUAGCCGGCUACCUAUUCUGAGUAUCAUAUGUAAUAAUGAAAUCAUUC